AUGAUUGGCUGUGGCUCUUGUGAACCCGGAGUAAAGAUGGCGGGCGGGCAGGCAGUCGCCGCACUGCCCACUAGGAAGAUGGCGGCGCGCCGCAGCCUCAGCGCCCGCGGCCGGGGGGUCCUGCAGGCGGCGGCCGAACGGCUGCUGCCGCUGCUGCUGCUGAGCUGCUGCUGCGGCGCGGGCGGCUGCGCGGCGGCGGGCGAGAGCGAGGAGACGGUGAUCAUCGGGUUGCGGCUGGAGGACACGAACGACGUGUCGUUCAUGGAAGGGGGGGCGCUGCGGGUGAGCGAGCGGACUCGGGUCAAGCUGCGGGUGUACGGGCAGAACAUCAACAACGAGACGUGGUCCCGCAUCGCCUUCACCGAGCACGAGCGGCGGCGCCACGGCCCCGGCGAGCGCGGGCUGGGGGGCCCCGCGCCGCCCGAGCCGGACAGCGGCCCCCAGCGCUGCGGCAUCCGCACGUCCGAUAUCAUCAUCCUGCCCCACAUCAUCCUCAACCGCCGGACCUCGGGCAUCAUCGAGAUAGAGAUAAAGCCGCUGCGGAAGAUGGAGAAGAGCAAGUCCUAUUACCUGUGCACGUCGCUGUCCACGCCGGCCCUGGGCACCGGCGGCGGCCCGGGGUCCGCGGGGGGCACCGUCGGGGGCAAAGGCGGCUCCGGGGUGGCCGGGCUGCCGCCGCCCCCGUGGGCAGAGACCACCUGGAUCUACCACGACGGCGAGGACACCAAGAUGAUCGUGGGCGAGGAGAAGAAGUUCCUGCUGCCCUUCUGGCUGCAGGUGAUCUUCAUUUCGUUGCUCCUGUGCCUGUCGGGCAUGUUCAGCGGCCUCAACCUGGGGCUCAUGGCCCUGGACCCCAUGGAGCUGCGCAUCGUGCAGAACUGCGGCACCGAGAAGGAGAAGAACUACGCCAAGCGCAUCGAGCCCGUGCGCCGGCAGGGCAACUACCUGCUGUGCUCGCUGCUGCUGGGCAACGUGCUGGUCAACACCACGCUCACCAUCCUGCUGGACGACAUCGCCGGCUCCGGCCUGGUGGCCGUGGUGGUCUCCACCAUCGGCAUCGUCAUCUUCGGCGAGAUCGUGCCCCAGGCCAUCUGCUCCCGCCACGGCCUGGCCGUGGGCGCCAACACCAUCUUCCUCACCAAGUUUUUCAUGAUGAUGACCUUCCCCGCUUCUUACCCGGUCAGCAAGCUGCUGGACUGCGUCCUGGGCCAGGAGAUAGGCACCGUCUACAACCGGGAGAAGCUGCUGGAGAUGCUGCGGGUCACGGACCCCUACAACGACCUCGUCAAGGAGGAGCUGAACAUCAUCCAAGGGGCGCUGGAGCUGCGCACCAAGACGGUGGAGGACGUGAUGACCCCCCUCCGGGACUGCUUCAUGAUCACCGGCGAAGCCAUCCUGGACUUCAACACCAUGUCGGAGAUCAUGGAGAGCGGCUACACGCGCAUCCCGGUGUUCGAGGGGGAGCGCUCCAACAUCGUGGACCUGCUCUUCGUGAAAGACUUGGCCUUCGUGGAUCCGGAUGACUGUACUCCCCUGAAAACCAUCACUAAGUUUUAUAACCACCCCUUGCACUUUGUUUUCAAUGACACCAAGUUGGACGCUAUGCUGGAGGAAUUUAAGAAAGGUAAAUCUCACCUGGCUAUUGUGCAGCGUGUUAACAAUGAAGGAGAGGGGGAUCCAUUUUAUGAAGUCCUGGGGAUUGUCACCUUAGAAGAUGUGAUUGAAGAAAUCAUCAAAUCAGAGAUCCUGGAUGAAACAGACUUAUACACGGAUAACAGAACGAAAAAGAAAGUAGCCCAUCGAGAAAGAAAGCAAGAUUUUUCCGCCUUUAAGCAGACAGACAGCGAGAUGAAGGUUAAAAUAUCACCACAGCUUCUCUUGGCUAUGCACCGUUUCCUAGCAACAGAAGUAGAAGCAUUUAGCCCAUCCCAGAUGUCAGAGAAGAUCCUUCUAAGGCUGCUAAAGCACCCCAAUGUCAUCCAAGAACUGAAGUAUGAUGAGAAGAACAAGAAAGCCCCAGAAUACUACCUCUACCAGCGCAACAAACCUGUAGACUACUUCGUUCUCAUUUUGCAGGGGAAGGUGGAAGUAGAAGCUGGGAAGGAAGGUAUGAAGUUCGAAGCCAGUGCUUUUUCCUAUUACGGUGUAAUGGCCCUCACGGCCUCCCCAGGUGAAAACAAGUCCCCUCCUCGGCCAUGUGGCUUGAAUCACUCGGACUCUCUCAGUCGAAGUGACCGGAUGGAUGCCAUCACCCCUUCGCUGGGGAGCAGCCACAAUCAGCUCAACUCCUCCUUCCUCCAAGUCUACAUCCCAGACUACUCAGUGCGCGCCCUUUCCGAUCUCCAGUUCGUUAAGAUCUCAAGACAGCAAUACCAAAAUGCCUUGAUGGCGUCCCGGAUGGACAAAACUCCUCAGUCUUCGGACAGUGAAAACACUAAAAUUGAAUUGACUCUUACGGAGCUGCACGACGGGUUGCCAGACGAGACGGCCAACCUGCUCAAUGAACAGAACUGUGUAACGCACACGAAGGCCAAUCACAGCCUACACAACGAAGGCGCCAUCUAG